AUGAUAGAGAAUAAUCCCAGAGAAUGGCAUUCCCUCCUUUCUAAUACUCUAUGGGCGUAUAGGACCUUAAGAAGGUCUGGUACCGGAACGACACCAUUCGCCCUCACAUAUGGCCAUGAUGCCGUUCUCCCCCUCGAGAUAUCCGUAAGAUCAUUGAGGGUGGCUCGUCAUGGCGAAUGGAGUAAGGAUGAGUACAACCAAGCCAUGACGCAAGAGUUGGACGAUCUUGAUGAAGUACGGUUGGAUGCCUUGGACAAGCUUAGGGCGCAAAAGGAAACGGUGGCCCGAGCAUAUGACAAGAGAACUAAGGCCAAAAGUUUCGGAGUUGGAGAUUUGGUGUGGAAGACCAUCCUUCCUAUUGGAUCUAAGGAUUCCAGGUUUGGUAAGUGGUCUCUGACUUGGGAAGGCCCAUUCCUCAUCCACCAAGUUUUAGGGAAAGGAGCCUAUAAGCUAAGUGACCGAAAUGGGCGAGCCCAUGAUGCUCCAAUUAAUGGCCGAUUUCUGAAGAAAUAUUAUCCUACAGCUUGGGAGAUGAUGGAGAAGUAG